AUGGAAUGUGAUCCAAUUCCAAAAGCUGUUGAGAAUGAGGAUGAUUUAGAUGAUGUACCUGUUGCUGGCCAUGAGGAAGAUGUUGGUGCUGGUGAGCAUGUUGGUGCUGGAGAGCAAAGAGAUGCUGGUGAGCAGAGGGAUGCUGGUGAGCAGAGGGAUGCUGAUGCUGAUGGUAGUGAGCAGAGGGAUGCUGAUGCUGGUGAGCAGAGAGAUGCUGGUGGUGAAGAGAGAGAUGUUGCUGAUAGUGAGGAGGAAGAGGAAGUUGACAGUGAUGAGUGGUUUAUAAAUUUCUCUUGUAUGAUGAAUGAAGUUGAAGCUGAAGUUGAGACAACUGGUUAUCAUUCAGAGGAGCUUAAUAUCCCCAUUAGUAGUGAUGAUGAAGAUGAGGAUGUUGAAGUUUAUCCUCAAUAUAGUCAAAGUAGUGGAGUUGGUGAACAGAAGUUGGAAUUAGGGAUGGAGUUUGGUACUCUAGAUGAAUUUAAAUCUGCCUUGAGGGAGUAUAGCAUAUUGAUGGGCAGGGAGUUCAGGUGGAAGAAGAAUGAUAAACAGAGGGCUAGAGCAAAAUGCAAGAAGGCAUUUUGUGAUUGGGAAAUCUACUGUGCAAAGAAUGACGUUAGAAACUCUUUUCAGAUAAAGACAUUUAAGCAUAACCAUAAUUGCUGCAAAGAAGUGAACAACAAACAAGCAAAUAGACAGUGGGUGGUCAGUAAACUUGAGGGCAAACUCAGAAUGCAGCCAACCCUUAAAUGUGUUGAAGCUUUGGAAUAUUUCAAGCAAGAGUUUGGAGUGCACAUUGAAGUUACAAAGAUGUGGAGAGCCAUGAAAGAAGAAAAGCAACUAGUGGAAGGGAAUGAGAGGAAACAAUAUGCCAAAGUAUUUGAUUAUGCACAUGAAUUAUUGAGGAGCAAUCCUGGAUCAACAGUUAAGAUCAACACAAUGCCAAGUCCAGAAGGUCUAGAUGGAUGUUUCCUAAAGAGUGCAUUUGGAGGAAACUUGCUCUCUGUUGUUGGGCUUGAUGGCAAUAACCACAUCUUUGUUAUUGCUUAUGCUGUUAUGGACAUUGAGAACAAAGACAAUUGGAAAUGGUUUUUAACUUUGUUGCAUGAAGAUCUUGGGGAUUACAUACAGAAUGGGUGGAAUUUCAUGUUAGACAUGCAAAAGGGACAUAUUCCAGCUUUACAAGAAGUCAUGCCUGGUGCACCUCAUAGAUUCUAUGUCUUGCAUCUUUGGAAAAAUUUUACAAAGCAAUGGAAAAGCAAGGAACUUAAAGGAAUUGUGUGGCAAUGUGCAAAAUCCACUACUGUUGCUAAGUUUGAAGGUCAUAUGGCCCAUUUGAAGACAAUCAACUGCCAGGCUUGGGAGUAUUUGAAUAAAUGGCCCAAACAAGCAUGGGCAAAAGCCCACUUCAGUACAGUACCCAAGGUGGACAAUAUAUGCAACAACACUUGUGAGGUAUUCAAUUCCAGAAUUUUACAGUAUAGAUGCAAGCCUAUUAUCACAAUGCUUGAAGAAAUUAGAAGUUAUAUCAUGAGAACCAUGGCUGCCCGCAAGAUUAAACUUUCUGGAAAGCCUGGACCAUUAUGUCCAGUGCAGUAUAAAAGACUAGAAAAAGAACUUCAUUUUGCUAAUCAAUGGACUCCCAUUUGGUGUGGUGAUAACAUGGGCCUGAGAUAUGAGGUCCACAUGUGGGGGAAUAAGGUUGAGGUCAAUUUAGCUGAAUGA